AUGGGUUUUUUCAGAAGAGCUCUAAUGCAAGUGACGAAUGUUCAUGAAAAGGACUGGAAACGCGCCCACUUGGACACUGAGAAGUCCCUGAAUGCGAGCGAGAAAUAUGGCAAUAUCCCAGCGAUACCGGCGGAUAUCGGUUAUAAGAGUGGCAAAAAGACGAGUGGAUCGGCCGGAGGGGGUGUGGUGCAGCACGCGAUGGGCAAUCCGGGAGUGGUGCUCGGCAUGGGACUGACUGCGUUGGCACUGCUCGGCAUGAUGAGGUCGUCGUUCCUCGGCGAUAAACUCGGAGCGCAGAAAUAUAUGCGGUUGGUUUGUUUGUUACGAUUAUUAGUGUUAUUAUUAUGUUUUGUUUUUGUUAUUUAUUAUUAUUGUUAUUACGUAUUCUUAUUGUGUUCUGUUAUGGUUAUGAUUUGGUGA